AUGGCCGAGACAACCCAAAGCCACGCCUUUCCAUCCGGAUCCGUGGCCAAGUUGAGCAUCAUCGAGACGAAAGCCAGGAUUGGAAACAUUCCCAUUUCUGCUUUCUUUGGACCACCACUCGACGGCUACGAGCGCCUGGCACUCAUGCCUGCAUGGUCUUUUCUUGUUGAAAGUUCAACGGGGAGAAGGAUUGUCUUUGACCUGGCCAUGAAUAACAACCCGGAAACGGUCACACCAGGGGUAGAGAAGGAGAUUGCUAGCGUGGAAGCGACUGUAGAGAUUCCCAAGACCGUGGCUCAAGUACUGAGUGAAGGGGGCGUCUCUCUCAAAUCCAUUGAGAGCAUCGUCUGGAGCCAUUGGCAUAUUGACCAUGUUGGUGAUCCUUCUACCUUUCCCGAUACCCCCGAGAUUGUAGUUGGUCCCGGCGCAAAGGAAGCUAUCCUACCCACCUACCCUGAGAAUGAGGACUCUCAGUUCCACGAGAAAAUGAUGAAAGGCAAAACCCUACGCGAAGUCGUCUUUGACGGGUCACUCAAGUUUUACGACUUCGACGCUGUCGACUUUUUCGGCGAUGGCUCCUUUUACCUCAUUGACCUGCCCGGCCACGCUCUGGGCCACAUUGGUGGCGUCGUACGCACAACCACGAACCCCGACACCUUUGCCGUGCUGAGCGGCGACCUCUACCACAUUGCCGGCGAGCUGCGGCCCAAUGUGCAGAAGCCCCUGCCGGCACACAUAUCGCUUGCUCCACCGCGCGGGAAUACAGACGCGAAGGAGUCGACUGUAUAUCCCCGCUCUGCCUUGGAGAGACUACAAACAGCGCGUGGCCGCGACGUCGAUGAGCCCUUCUUUGAAGUGGUGUCUGCCGUGGCACACGAUGCUGCUCUCGCGAAUGAGAUGCUCAAGAAAGCGCAGAUUCCAGAUGCUCUAGAAAAUAUCCUAUUUCUGGCAGCUCAUGAUGACGCGCUGAUUGAUGUGGCCAAUUUCUUCCCAGACACUGCCAACAACUGGAAAGAACUUGGUUGGAAGAAAAGGCUUGAAUGGGCGUUUUUGACUCAUUUCGCACCAUCGAUUCAGAGCCAAGUAGGGGCUUAG